AAUAAGAACAAAUACAAUCAAACUAUGUCAACUCUCUGCAAAGAGACCAACUCCUCUAGCUACCUUUGUUCCCAUUGAAAACCAGACUGCCACAUUCAAACUCAGUGAAUCCGAUUAUGAAUGAGUAACUUGCGGGGUGGAUGUUGGUUCCAUUUGGCACUGCUUCUCUUUUUUCUCUUCGUUUGUUUUUCCAGUGAAGUGUUUUGUGACUCUGAGAGAAACAUCUUGAAGGAAAAUGACAUUGUGAGAUUCCCCAAACUCGCCGAGACUUACCAGAAGAUAGCAGAGGAGGGCCCUGACGUGUUUUAUAACGGGACAAUGGCAGAGAUCAUAGUGGAGGACAUCCAGGAAGCAGGGGGGAUUAUAACCCUGGAGGACCUGCUGGACUACCGGCCCGUGCUGAAUGAGAACCCCCCCAAGCUGAACGUGGGGGAGUACACCAUGCACGUCCCCGACGCCCCCUCCAGCGGCCCGGUGCUGGCUCUCAUCCUCAACAUAGUAGACGGAUACAACUUCACAGACACCAGUGUCUCGACAGCAGAGAAAAGGACCCUGACCUACCAUCGCAUCGUAGAGGCAUUCCGUUUCGCUUAUGCCAAGAGGAGUAGGCUUGGGGACCCACGCUAUCUCAACAUCACUGACCUCAUCCACAACAUGACCUCAGACUACUUUGCUAAUGGCAUCAGGAGCAAAAUCACUGAUGACACCACUCAUCCAGACAGUUACUACGAACCUGAUUACUUUGUUCCUGACAACCACGGAACAGCACACCUGUCUGUCAUCGCAGAGGACGGGAGUGCAGUGGCAGCCACCAGCACUAUCAAUUUAUAUUUUGGCUCAAAGGUCAUGUCGAGAUCAACUGGCAUCAUUUUCAACGAUGAGAUGGAUGAUUUCAGCUCCCCAUACAUCACGAAUGGCUUUGGAAUCCCACCUUCACCGAACAACUUCAUCCAGCCAGGUAAAAGGCCCCUGUCGUCUAUGUGCCCGACCAUAAUCUUCGACAAAAAUAAUAAAGUGAAAAUGGUGGUGGGAGCCUCAGGUGGAACUCAGAUAACGACAGCCACAGCUCUUGUUAUUCUGAAUUCCUUAUUCUUCAAUUACGACCUUAAAAAAGCUGUGACCGAACCCAGAGUUCACAAUCAGCUCAACCCCAACAUGACCGUGGUCGAGGACGGCUUUGAGAAGAGUGUUCUAGAUGGCCUGGCACAGAAGAAUCAUGUGACAGAGCUGCUGAGGACUCCAGGUUCAGUGGUUCAGGCCGUGGUGCGUCACGGGGAGAGACUCUGUGCCGAGUCCGACCCCAGAAAAGGAGGCUAUCCGGCGGGAUACUGAGGCCGGUCCAAGCCUCCUACUCCCCCAGCCUGUGGGUCUACUCAAAGACAUAAGGACAGAACCAUACAUCUGCACAGGGAACCUUUGAGAGAGACUCAGCUGCAGAAUGCCUCCACAACGAAACACAGCUACUCUCGUCUUUCGACUGAAGUUCAUUUGAACUCAUGGGGGAUUUAAAGAACACUCCAUUUCAUUACCUCUUCCAUUCACAGAGAAUGGUCUUCAGCCUUUCUGAUUUUUUUCAGCGAUAUUUAUUUAUUUUGUGUUUUUGAGAAAAGUGAGAUUGCACCUCUGAUAGUAGCAUUUUGAAUCCUGUCUGUAUCAGCAGAUCAUCCUUGUUGGUAGACGUGAAGAGGAAAGUGUAGUUGUGGAUGUAGUGGGAUAACAGGACUGCAUCUAUACUUGACCACUGCACUAUCAGUGGCUCCUAAUCCAACUGGAAGUUAUAAAUCAUCUAUUAGACACAAGUCACCUAUUAGAAAAGCCUCAUGACGUAGUAUUCCGAUCAAAUACCACAGAGGCAGUCGUUGACACUGUGAAAAUGAGCAAUAAUUCUGUUUGACAGAAAUAGCCAUUCAUCUGAGAUUUCAUUGCAAUAAUGUAGGGGAGACUCGGAGUAACAAAUUGUCUGUGUUUUUUGUAGUAACAAUUUGUCUGGGAAAACGGUAGUAUAUUAAAUGUGGAGAAUUGGCUGUUUUAUCUCAACCAAGGACAGGCAGUCUUUAUGUUUUAACCGUGUAAACAUGUCUGUCAUGGUGUCAACUCUGAGUUCACAUUCAGGUCUGCUGAUUGCUUUAUGAAAGCCACAGGUUGCUAACUACACUUUUUCUCUAUGAGGAGAAAGAGGAUUCGGGUUGGAAUCUGUAUCUGACAGCAUCUGUUUCUCUCAUUUCAUCCAAACUCUGACCAUGUCUGUUGGUAAGGGCUUAAUUAUUUGCUGCUUAUUUGCUACCAUGGGCUAAUUUAAAUGAUAUUUUCUUAUUUCUUGUGAUGCAGAGUGUUAAGAAAGAAAUUGUUCAUGUUUAAUAUCGAGUAAGACGGUAGAGAUUAAGUGAAUGUAUAGUGUAUUCUAAAAAUACAUUUGCAGAUAUAUUUUUCUAAACAUGCAUUGUUCAUAUGCCAUGCUUGU